AUUACGUAUAGCCGCUAUCGUGCGACGAGUCGGGGCUGGGUCUGAAGAUGGCGGACGAAGAGGCCGAGAAGGAUAAUGGUUCUGAAAACGUUACCAAUAAAACGAUUUGGGAACUCCAAAAACGUUUGCAGGAACUACAUGAAGUCGCAGUGACAGACGACAGUGAUUCUCGGGUUCACUCUUCUUCUGAAUAUUGUCAGGAGUUUUGUAGGACACUUGUGGAUUAUGCAGGUCGUUGGAAGAUAGAGGAUGAGCCUUUACCGCUUGUGGAAGUGUACAUUGUGGCCUUGCUGAGUUACGCGAAGGCUGCUCCAUAUCUGUCUCGACAAUGUGAAAAUGUUUCCGUUGUGAUUGACAGGUUGUCGCUGAGUUUUAUGGAACUUCUGCUGUCGUUGAAGGACAUUCCUGAUGAUUUGUGGGGAAGGUUCAAGUCAUCCUUGCAGUUUGUUCACAGUACCCUACAGGAGAAUGGACUCAACCAGCUGUCUCCAAUAGCUACUUUGGUUCAGUACGAUGGAGUUUGGAACAACAGCAUCCUGCAAAGUCUUCUUUCCAAUGAAAAUACACAAAUGCAACUUGUCGAAGAGUUCCUGGAGCAGGAGGGCGUGACGCUGUCAAGGAUGAGAGUCAAGCAACUCAUGAAGGAGAAGCAACUGGAAAAGGCUGCACUGCUGGCCAGGGCCUGCUCUGAGUGCGCCGCCUUUGAAGGGAAGGGACCUUUCAAGCAAAUGUAUCUUGUGUGCCUGUGCACUACUUUGUCACAGGACAAACUCAUUGAAGAGAUUUCGAAGGAGGACUGUCACGAUGCCUUGGAAAUGAUUUGCAAUCUGGACUCGGAGGGUGACGAGAUGGCAGCCUUCAGCUUAUGUUCAGCUUUCCUGAGCCGACAACUUCUUCAAGGCGAUAUGUACUGUGCUUGGGAGCUGACUUUGAUUUGGAGCAAGCUGUUGAAGCGGUUGGAGCCAACGGAGCAGAGUUUCCUUGACAGAUGCCGCCAGAUGUCCUUACUUUCAAAAUCUGUGUACCACAUCCUGUUCUUCAUCAAAGUCGUCCAGUCAGAGCUUGACGGGAUUGGACUGCCAGCGUGUGUUGAGAUGUGCAUACGGGCUCUGCUGAUGGAAUCGGAUGAUUCGCAGACCAAGGCGACCAUGUGUAAAACCAUUUCUUGUUUGCUCCCUUCUGAUCUGGAAGUCAAGCGAGCUUGUCAGCUGACCGAGUUCCUCCUGGAGCCCACAGUGGAUUCAUACUACGCCGUGGAGACGAUUUACAAUGAACCCGAUCAAAAAUUAGAAGAGGAGAAUAGGCCCAUUCCCAACUCUUUACGUUGUGAGCUUCUUUUGGCUUUUAAAAACCUGUGGCCUUUUGAUCCAGAGUUUUGGGACUGGAAGACGCUCAAACGCUACUGUCUGGGAUUAAUGGGUGAAGAGGCUUCAAUCGUGUCGUCCAUUGACCACCUGAAUGACAAUGAGAGCCCAGAAGAAGAGGAAGAAGAAGAAGAAGAAGAAGACCUCUUCAGUACAGAAGGGUUGAAUACGACUGAGCAUCUAACUAGUGGCACUUAUGACUUAAAGGAUGUUUCGGACAAAAGAGAGAAGAACAGAGAGAUGAAGAAACUCCGAGAAAAAGGAUUCAUAUCGGCUAGGUUCAGAAACUGGCAGGCAUACAUGCAGUACUGUGUGCUGUGUGACAAAGAGUUUCUGGGCCACAGGAUUGUCCGCCACGCGCAGACUCAUGUGAUUAACGGCGUUUACACCUGCCCCAUAUGUGCUUUGUCAUUUACCUCAAAGGAUACCUUACUUCCACAUGUUACGUUGCACGUCAAACAAUCCAGCAAGGAAAGGCUGUCAGUAAUGAAAACAAAAAAGAAUCUGGCCAAUCUGGUUAAUGUUCCUGAUGCUCAGAGCAGGACUGAAAAUGAAGUGAGAAAAACGAAUAAUAAUUUCUUAGGGUCAAACGGAGGUCUGUGUCGGGAAGUUAAGGUCAGGCUGGAAAGGUGCAGCACGAAGUUGAUCGAGGAAAACAUUUGUCCUGUUGGAAAUUGCAGAAGAAGCUUUAAGUUUUUCAGGAAUCUACUUGCACACGUUAAAACCCACGGAGAUGAUAGGGAAGCGAAGUCUUUUCUCGAAAUGCAAAGGAAAAAGGUUGUUUGUCAGUAUUGCUGUCGGUAUUUUCUCAGUGUCAACCAUCUGAAUGAUCAUUUACAGGUGCACUGUGGUGCAAGACCUUAUAUUUGUAUACAGUUGAACUGCAAUGCUAGUUUCUUGUCCAAUACUGAGCUCCUUGCACACAGAAAAAUACAUUCUGAGUUUAAGGCUAAGUGCAUGUUUCCUGACUGUGGCAAAAUCUUUAGUGAGGCUUUCAAACUAUACGAUCACGAAUCACAUCAUUAUAAAACAUUCACCUGUAACGUCGCGGAUUGCGGACAAGUAUUUAAUUCCCAGCAGCAAAUGGAUGUACACCAAUCACAGCACAAAGAAACAGCGGAAAUUCAAACUCCUGAACAUUCGUCAUCGAAAGUGCCGUCUGAAUCGUCUGAACGUGUACUCGAGCAGCUGGAUGGAUAUAAUGAGCAGGAACGUGGCAUAAAAGUGGAAUAUGCGUCUUCUGAAGUGACAUCGCAAAAUGACGCUAGUACACUCGUUAAACAUGCACAACAGCAACUCGACGUGCGCCAAGACCAGCAAAAUGACGGCAAAAUGACGGAAAAAACACCACAGGAUUGUAUUAACCCAACGUUAAUUGAACAAAUACUUUUAAGUCAAAUGCAGGAAAAUUACGAUGACAAUUGGAAGACUGAACAUUUUCAAAAUCCAGAUAAUGAAACCUUGCCAAAUGCCUUUGAGAGUUUGUUAAAGCAAUCCCAGGAACCUGUGGACGGCAAAAUGCAUUACGCAGCAGGUGAUUCAAAUAAUUCCACUUUCGCAGACCGUCAUGCGCAAAACUUGAGUGCUUCUGUGAUCCAGGAGCCCAAUUCCCACGUGUACUGUGGGGAAAGUUCUUUUGUUGACUUUUCAACACAUCAACAAAGUCACUCCAUAGCUGCGUUUGAACAAAACGUCUCACAAGGCCAACCACAAUUAUUCCAAAGUAAUGCGAGUGCUGGAUUGAUAAAUUACUGCCCCGACAGCAACUUCCUGUUGCAAGGAGCGAUUGGACCGCCAUGUAGAAACAAUGCGUCAACUGCAUCGCUGCACCAAAAAUGCCUCGAGUCAACAAUGCCUGGCCCACUUGCUUCUACUGUAACCCCUCAGCUACAUCCUGUUAGCAGGCCAGAGACUUCAAUGACAUCCCCAACAGUUGCGGUGCCCCUUUCGGGACAAAGGGAACGAUAUCACUGCGCGUCCCCAGUGUGCACUAAGCACUAUAGCACCUAUAAGAGUGUAACCAAACACAUGAGAACUACCCACCCCGAUUUCUACGAGCAGUGGAAAUUGAAUCCUUCUAAAAUAAGAAUAAGUUGCACUUCAGCGCCCUGUCCAUCUGACAGACGCCUCAAUUCAGCUACCUCACUUCAGUAUCCGCAGGACAGCAGUGUACCGCUUCAUGAAGCUCAAAGGCAGAAUGUCAUACAAUCCCCUUAUAACAACAUGAGCAAGAACUCAAAUCAUGCCAGUGGGUAUUUGCAGUCGUCAUCUGUUCAAAACCAGAGUACUUCACUCUUAAUGGAAGAUGUGAUAAAUCCCAUUGUUCUGGCUCAGCUUGGAAGUGGUUCAAAUAUCAGUACUCAUUCUCAAGUUCCGUGCAGUCGAAAUUUGCAUGCAGUUCACCAAAACAAACAAACAGAUAACAGUGGCUAUUACCAAGUCAGUUCUUCUCAGCAGACAAAUGAUGGUUCUGUUAGUGCGGUUCUUCCGGUCAAUUACUCAAGUGUAAUGACAGCGUCACUGCUUAGCAGACCACCUGAGUCCUUGGGCCCACCCCAAAUGGAAAAUAGUCUGGCGUUCCCUUUGUGCGUGGAUGGUGAAAAGGAGACAUCCCAAAAACUGCAAAAAACGUUUUCCACAUUAACAUCACAGAUGGGAAGUGAAUUAGUUGCAGGUUCCGUAGUACCAGAAAAGUCCUCUCCUCACUUUUCAGACCAUGCAGGCCAAGUAAUCAACUCAAACCGAGCUUUAAAUGGAUUAGUAGUUAAUGACGCUCCUUUUGGACCACGGCCACAAGCCAAAAGAAGCUCAAAAUCCAAAUGGCCAGCUAUAAUUAAGGAUGGCAAAUUUGUUUGUCGUAGGUGUUUUAGAGAGUUCAAUAGUUCUAAAUCCCUUGGAGGCCACUUGUCCAAGCGUCUGACCUGUAAACCCAAUAAUGAGCAUAAUUUCAUCACAGCUCAGACUGCAUCAGGUUUUGGCCCUCAUUCAAAGCAAACGAUUUUGAGUCCUGGCCUUUUGGGUCAAGAAAGCCUGCUUAAGACGGUAAAAACUGAACCCAGUUACCUACAAAAUAAGUCGAAUGGAACCAUUUUUAAACAAACGGCAUCAGAACUCUUUUUGCAAACACCUAAUCCCAGGUCUUUGUUUCCGAACACUUGUGUCCCCUUUGCCGCAAAUGAGCGUCUGCCCAGUAGCUCGGUUAUACAGCAUACAGAAUCUGUCCAGCUGGAUAGGAAUGGAGGGGUACAAGACAACUCGUAUAAUGCAGCACAUUAUUCCGAGUCAAACAUUGAUACAUACACUGGAUGCGAUUUCCCUGAACCAUCUCUGUCUCUAAUCCCAAUGGAAAAGUCUUCCUCUGCGGUUCUUGGCAAUAUUUUUACAAGCCAUUUUAAUCCUGGAACAGUUCACAGUAGAGGUUUCUCUGCAAUGCCGACCCGUACACCUGAUUUAAACCCAGAAAAUCAGCCUCUGUUACCAGUUGGUCGUCUCAGUCCAGUGUCUGUAAAUGAGAAGCAGGCUAAGAUCCAAAGAAUUACUUCUGACCAAGACGUCAAAAAAAGGCUGAGGGAGCAAAUUCUGUCCGGGGACUUUCAACGUAGAAACAAUUCGUGUGAUCAGAGCAACGCAGAUCCCAUCAUUAAUUUCAGUGAACCUGUUUCUUUUGGUCAAAUGUGCACUACUCCCGUUGCUUCUAAAUAUGGUCAAAUGACUUCAGAUGCAAAAAAGGAACUCGCAAGACAUGGACAAGAUAUGCAAGGAAGUCCUAAUGAAAUUCAGCAACAGAAUGCAGUUAGCUUUGAGGGUUUCCGGGAGCCAUCCGCCCCAGAGAGGGAUGAACAUGGACCUUCAACAAGUGCUUUAAUUGAUCUUGACUGUGAGCCCACUCCUCUGUCUGCCAUACAGCAACUGUGGAUGGCAGAAAUUCAGGGUGCAUUUCAAAAGUUAAAUUUGCUCCAGGAAAUAUCUGAAGAUGUGGCACCAAAGAAUACCACAAUAACCAGCCAGUCAGUACUUGACAAGGUUAGUUCGCCUACCGUCAUGCCAUUUAGGUGUGAAAACGUUACCUGCCCCUUUAGCUCGUUUUCAAGUGAGUCACUUUGGAGACAUCUGUCCAAGUCUCACAGCUACACACACGAAAUGGUAAAUGUGGUUAAGAAAAGAUACGGACUCUACGCUCCCUACAAAUGCCAGCAUUGCGUUAAAAAUUUCACCCGGAACUCCAAUCUUAGAGCUCACUACCAGUCCGCUCACAAAUUAACUUCUCAAGAAAUUGCAGAUCUGGACAUGAAACGCAGGCAAACCAAAGCAACUCCGCCUGCUCACAAUCCGAAGUGGCCCAUUAAUACCGACCAAGCACCAGUGGAUUGCAAUCCAGCGCUGGCAGCAACUGGUUUACAACAGGAUGCAGUGUUACAUAACAGCUGUUCUCAGUCACUGUUGCCAAAUGCUAACACGGCUGCAACUACAGAAGCAAAUGGAGGUGACAAUUGUUGCACGGUUUCGAACCCCUUACAAACAUCUCCAAUGAACAAGCAACACCCAAUUAUGCUAGCGCAAACUCCGACAUCUAGGCAACCUCCAGGGUCUGAUGACGUCAAUGCCGUAAAUAUAGGGACGAGCCUAGAGGCUAAGCCUAGCACAGACGCUCCCAAGAAAACGAAAGAGAGGAAGACCAACGCAGCUCCUCUUAGUCCAUACAGACCCUACCGCUGCGUUCAUCAAGGCUGUGUGGCAGCUUUCGCUGUCCAGCAUAACCUGAUACUCCAUUACAGGGCUGUUCAUCAAGCUGCUCUGUCAUCACUGGAAGUAAACAAAGAGAAGAACCAGUGUGAGGAACUGGAUGACGCACCUAAGCACGAGGAGGAGCCGGAGGUGGACACGGCUGAAAUGACCGAGUUCAGGUGCCAAGUUAAAGACUGCUCCGGAGUUUUCCAAGAGGUUCAGCAACUUUUGAAACAUUAUCUUCAUCUCCAUGAAUUCACCCUUGAUAAGGGAGGCAGACUCUUGUCAAGCACCAAACUUGGCAAGUUUACCUGCGGCCACCAGGGAUGCACCGCAUCUUUCAUAGGGUCCUGGACGUACAUCACGCACAUCAAAGAACAGCAUAUCGAUUUAAACUUGGUCAGAUCUGAACAGUUGAGCUGCUUAUUCAAAUGUGAAAUUGAGGGCUGCGAUCGUUCCUAUGCAACAAAGUCAAACCUCCUGAGACAUGCCAUGAAAAUACACAAGGAGCUGUAUGAACCUGAAGUCAAAAAUAAACAAAGCCCGAAAGGUUUACAUUACCAAAUAACAAAGAUCAGUAACGGGAAAGAAAAUAUUGAGAGCAAUAAAAAGAUUCUUGAAAGUGAAAAACUCGCAAAGAGGGCAAGCCAUUCGAAGCGCAAUCACUGGACGCAGUAUGGAAAGCCCUCGUUGAAAACUAAAGGAGAAGCGAUUGCAAUGUGCACCAAGACGUUUCAUCUACAGUAUCCCUGUAUGAUCAAAGGAUGCGAAUCUGUCAUGAAGUCGGAGAGGAGCAUAAUGAAACAUUACAUGGGGCACGGACUAUCUGAAAAGUACUUGGAACUUCAACGAAGCCACUUCAUAUUCUGCAAAAAGUUUCCAAGGCAAAAGGCACAGUCGAUCAGGUAUGAGGAUUCCAAAUCAGAAAAUGCAUCGGACAUUUCAAACAACGAGGAGUCAGGAGACUCUGGCAUGGAAGCCGGGGAAUAUAGGCGUUCCAAGACUGUCCUGCGGAAAAGGGCUUCCAGAGACAUCCCUGCAACGUUGUUUGAUAGCAAACUGUGCGUUGAUGAAAGCUCCGACGGCUCCGUUGUGAUAAAACGCAAACGGGGACGUCCCCGGAAACACAAGAAAAUUCCCCACUCGCCUAAGAUCGACCUGGCGUACAACGGGUCUGACUUCUGCCACUCUACCCUGUUUGCGGAAGAGAAGGCCGAGCAAAGUGCUCCGAUGGCCUCCUUCAAACCCAUGGGAUUUGAAAUGUCUUUCUUACAAUUUCUGGAACAGUCAAGUCAAUCGGAAAAGGCGAGCACAAAGAAGGCGGAUCUGUCCGCGACGAGUACGCAAUCCAGUCUCAAAGCAAAAGACGUUACCGUAAGAUUCAGGAACCAUCAGAAUUUGAAAUCCCUCAGUCAGGUUAAAAUAAAUAUAGAUGCUGCGUUUUCAAGUGUUUCCGACUUGAUGUUGAAACAACUGCAGGGCAUGCAUCCCACUGUGGUGUUGGGAAGAAAUUCUAGAAAUCCCUUUGUUCUAAUAUAAGUUAAAUUUAGAGACAUUUUAUGAAUUACAUGCUGCACAUUGGUGCCCUACGUAUGACAUAUUUCGAAAUGAUUCUACAACACCUGUACCACUGUUUUUUUUGUUUUUGUUUUUUUUUUUUUUUUUUUUUUAUUUAUAUAUAUAU